AUGUCUGACCGCAAGGCCGUGAUCAAGAACGCAGACAUGUCGGAGGAGAUGCAGCAGGACUCGGUGGAGUGCGCUACUCAGGCCCUGGAGAAGUACAACAUCGAGAAGGACAUCGCGGCCCACAUCAAGAAAGAGUUCGACAAGAAGUACAACCCCACUUGGCACUGCAUCGUGGGGAGGAAUUUCGGCAGUUAUGUGACGCAUGAGACGAAGCACUUCAUCUACUUCUACAUGGGCCAGGUCGCCAUUCUGCUCUUCAAGUCUGGUUAG